UUCACGCAGUCUCCGCCACUAAUCAGCUCAAAUUUACAAAACUCCGGCUUGUACAUAUAUAUAUAUAUAUAUUGCACGUUUAUAAAUAGAUUUCAGAUUUGUCGCUAUCUCUUCUCCAGAUUCUAUUUUCUGGAUUUGUGCUCUCUCUCUCUCUGUCUCUCUCUUUUCCUCUUCUGGUCUCGUCGUUUUCCUUAAUCGGAAUGCCGGCAAGAAAUAAAAGAUUUUCCCACGUCGCUGCGUUUGAAUAUCACAAGUUCGAUGAGAUCUGAGAGAACUUAACAGUUUGAUCCAAAAAAUCAUGUCUUUCAGAGAUUAAGCAUUUUUUAAUGAAGAUGGUGAGAGAAACAGCUUAUAGGUUAUUGAUACUAAUCUCAAUCCUGAUUUGGGUUUCUCCGGCGGCUGCUGGAAACGGCGGGUGUAACUGCGAAGACGAAGGAGGAAGUUUCUGGAGCACAGAGAACAUUCUCGAGACGCAAAGAGUGAGCGAUUUCUUAAUCGCAGUCGCUUAUUUCUCAAUCCCGAUCGAGUUACUCUACUUCGUGAGCUGCUCAAACGUUCCCUUCAAAUGGGUUCUCUUCGAGUUCAUCGCCUUCAUCGUUCUCUGCGGUAUGACUCAUCUCCUCCAUGGCUGGACUUACGGUGCUCAUCCUUUCAAGCUAAUGGCGGCGUUGACCGUUUUCAAGAUGUUGACCGCUCUCGUCUCUUGCGCCACCGCGAUUACGCUCGUCACUCUGAUUCCUCUGCUUCUGAAAGUUAAAGUUAGAGAAUUUAUGCUCAAGAAGAAAGCUCAUGAGCUUGGACGUGAAGUUGGACUGAUUAUGAUUCAGAAAGAGACUGGCUUUCAUGUCCGUAUGCUUACUCAAGAGAUUCGCAAGUCGCUGGAUCGGCACACGAUUCUUUACACUACUUUGGUUGAGCUUUCCAAGACUUUGGGGUUGCAGAAUUGCGCGGUUUGGAUGGAGAAUGAUGGUAAAAGCGAGAUGAAUCUGACUCAUGAGCUUAGAGGGAGGAGUGGUUAUCAUGGUUACUCUGUUUCUAUGGAGGAUUUGGAUGUUGUGAAGGUUAGAGAAAGCGAUGAAGUGAGUAUAUUGAGCGUGGACUCGUCGAUAGCUCGAGCUAGCGGUGGAGAUGUUACUGAGAUUGGACCAGUGGCUGCGAUUAGAAUGCCGAUGCUUCGUGUGUCGGAUUUCAAAGGAGGGACUCCUGAGUUGAUUAAGACGUGUUAUGCAAUACUUGUCUGCGUGUUACCGAGCGGACAGCCUCGAGAUUGGACGUAUCAGGAGAUUGAGAUUGUUAAGGUUGUGGCUGAUCAAGUAGCGGUUGCGUUGUCUCACGCAGCGGUUCUUGAGGAGUCUCAGCUCAUGAGAGAGAAGUUAGCGGAACAGAACAGAGCGUUGCAGAUGGCCAAGAGGGACGCUUUGAGGGCGAGCCAAGCGAGGAAUGUGUUGCAGAAAGCUAUGAGCGAAGGUAUGAGACGUCCGAUGCAUUCUAUACUCGGGCUUUUGUCGAUGAUUCAAGACGAGAAGCUGAGUAACGAGCAGAGGAUGCUUGUUGAUACUAUGGUGAAAACAGGGAAUGUUAUGUCGAAUUUGGUUGGGGAUGCGAUGGAUGUGUCGGACGGUAGAUUCGUAACGGAGAUGAAACCGUUUAGUCUUCAUCGUACGAUCCGUGAAGCAGCUUGCUUGGCGAGAUGUUUGUGUCUUUACAAUGGGUUUCGGUUUUCGGUUGAUGCAGAGAAGUCUUUGCCGGAUAAUGUAGUAGGUGAUGAAAGAAGAGUGUUUCAGGUGAUACUUCACAUGCUUGGUAGUUUAGUAAAGCCUAUAAGGCGUCAAGAAGGAUCUUUUUCGGUGAUGUUUAAGGUUUUGAAAGAAAGAGGAAGCUUGGAUAGGAGUGAUCAAAAAUGGGCUGCUUGGAGAUCACCUCCUUCUUCAGCUGAUGGAGAUGUGUACAUAAGAUUUGAGAUGAAUGUAGAGAGUGAUGAUUCAAGUUCUCAAUCAUUUGCCUCUGUUUCAUCAAGAGAUCAAGAAGCUGGUGGUAUGAGAUUAUCUGGAUUUGGGUUAGGACAAGAUCUGAGCUUUGGUGUUUGUAAGAAAGUGGUGCAGUUGAUUCAAGGAACUAUCUCGGUGGUUCCUGGCUCGGACGGUUCACCGGAAACCAUGUCAUUGCUCCUCCGGUUUAGACGCCGACCUUCAAUUUCAGUCCAUGGAUCAGGCGAGUCGCCAGCGCCAGACCACCAUCCUCACUCUCAUUCGAAUUCUUUGUUACGUGGCUUGCAAGUUUUAUUAGUAGACAGCAAUGAUUCGAACCGGGCGGUUACGCGUAAACUUUUGGAAAAACUUGGAUGCAGUGUAACCGCGGUAUCAUCUGGAUUCGAUUGCCUGACCGCCCUUGGUCCAGGCUCGUCCUCUUCUUCGUCUCUAUUCCAAGUAGUGGUUCUUGAUCUCCAAAUGGCGGAGAUGGACGGCUGUGAAGUAGCUAUGAGGAUCAGGAGCCGAUCUUGGCCUUUGAUUGUGGCAAUGACGGUGAGCUUGGACGAAGAAAUGUGGGACAAGUGUGUGCAGAUUGGGAUCAAUGGAGUUGUGAGAAAGCCAGUGGUGUUGAGAGCUAUGGAGAGUGAGCUCCGGAGAGUAUUGUUGCAAGCUGAUCAACUUCUCUAGUUGAUCUCCAUUUGAUCUCUUCUAUCUACAUUCAAAUUCUUACAACAUUGUUUUUACACCAUAGGUUAUAUCAAAUAUUAAAAGGAAAUUCUGAAAUUGUUAUUAUAUACCAUCCAUAUCUCUAUGAUUU